CUUGAAGAUAGAAACAACUUAUAAUUAUCAGGUUCACCUCAGUGGACAGAACGGUUCCAUUGCUGAAUUCUAACCGGCGGGAGAACACGGCUGUAGCGCCUGAACCAACGCUCGACAACACACAGUGUAUCGGUUAUUCGAUUGAUGCAAAAAGGUUGACGCUUUCCCAUGAAUGUUGGACCCGGGGAAUGGUCCAGCCUAAGAAAAGGCCAAUGGAUUCCGCUGCUGUUCCAAAAGUCAUGAUCGAGGUCAGCCCCGGUUCCAGCCCCAACUCGGAUCCUGAAGCUUUGAUCUGUCCCAGCCGAAAGCCGUCGGAAUUGUCCUCUCGCUCCAAAGUGGUGCGCGCCAGGGGCAGGCCAGCGGCAGCGAAUGCAGCCCGGGAGCGGAGCCGGGUCCAAACCCUCCGGCAUGCUUUCUUAGAGUUACAAAAAACUCUGCCCUCAGUCCCUCCGGACACCAAGCUGUCCAAACUGGACGUCUUAAUUCUCGCCACCACCUACAUUGCACAUUUGACCCGGACCUUGGAAGAAAGUCUGGAGGACGGAGAAAGUCGGAGAUCUGCUGAGUUAAUGCACCCCCUCAAAGGGGACGGAUACCUGCACCCUGUCAAAAAGUGGCCGAUGCGAUCCCGGUUGUAUGUUGGUGCAACAGGCCAGUUUCUGAAUUCCGGUCAAUCAGAGAAUCAAACUCAAGCAGCGGUGACCAGGCCCGAUCCUGUCUAAGAUGAGAUACUUCUCAAAGUUCAU